AUCGCAGUCGAAACACCAAGUUUGGGACCAAGCCACUGAAACACAUCUCAAUUUCUGAAUUGGGACUUUGAAUUUUCCAUUUGUGCACACGAGACAGUCCAAGCAAUUUCAAGAGUGGCAUGACGCCUAAGGGAAAUCUAAAGAAUGGCGGCAUUGAUCUCACAUUUUAUGAACAUGAAGCUACCAUACUGAGUUUCGAUAACAUUCGAGCCAAAUUAUUACAAGAAUUGGGCAAACCCGAUCUCAACAUCACCUCUCGGGACAUGUCACUGUUCACCGGCCGCUUGCAACAAUUUCAAGAGGAUGCCCUAGGUUUGAACGCGCACAAGAACAAUAAUGUACCGUUUCGCCUGCCUUCAAAGCUCUUCAAAGUUGACAGCAAUGGAAAAUUGAAUACUUCGCAUCCAUUGUUCCAAAUUCUGCUGGCCGCCUACUCGUUCAUGCUCAAUCAAGGCUGGGCUAAUAACUAUGACUUCAUAACCGCGGCCAAGAGGACCUUGGUCAUAGACAUGAUUGUUCAUAUCACGGAAGUUUUGAUCGAAAAGAAUGUCAUUCGAAAACCUCGUAUUGCUUUUGCCGCGAAUGUGGAUGAUCAAAACCGCAAAGCCCUUGCUAAAUUGGCCCGAUCCACUGGUGCUAAUAUAGUUUCAGACGCAUCAAAAGCAACCCAUGUUUUACAUGGUAGCAUGGAGGACAUUGACAACGGAGAAGAAGAAUGGUUUCGCACUUUGGAAAAACGUGAUGGCCGUGUGUUAAUUCACUGGUGGUAUUACCCUGAUUCUUACGACACCUGGCUUCCAGAAUCACAACAAUUCAUGGCCGAUCCGGAAGAGCCACCUACCCAUGAAGGGCCAUGGAACAUCACGGCACGAUGGUUACAGGAAAGUGUCAAGUACAACGAAUGGAUGAAUGAGGAGGACUAUGAGGAAAUCUCAGAUGACUCUCCAGAACCUAUGGAAGGUAUACCAGAAAUUAGGAUGGCAAAUCCAAGAUCAAGACACCAAAGAAUGGAAAGUGAUGCUGGCAUGUCGGAGUCCACCACAGCCAUUGGAGAAGACCAGAUGACUGAAGUAGAGGAUGUUUUUCUGGAUGAAGACAAGCAGCCUUUAGUCAAAGUAUGCGAUGUUGAAAGAGAUCGUCCACAAACUGGUGUUAAGUCUCGAAAAAACGAAUUCGAGCCUUAUUCACAUGGAGACCUGACUAACAUCUCAUGCUUUACUUACGAUGGACUCGUGCGAGCAAAACGCAAGCGCGAAGAGAGCAUGGAUGUUGAUGAGCCAAAACAUAUGAACCAACCCACUCAGGAUGCAUAUCAAGAGGCAAAAACAUAUUUGAGUGCUCAACCUGUACCAAAACAAAUCAUCAUUCCUACGGCAGCAUCUUCAUGGUUUGAUGCUUCGAAAGUGCAUGAGAUUGAAAAGCUGUCGUUACCGCAUUUCUUUGAACAUGAAGGCGACAAUUCAUAUGAACAAGAGUACAUUCGCUAUAGGGAUUAUAUGAUCAACACCUACCAAGCCGAUCCAACCGAGUACUUGACUGUACUUGCAUGUACAAAGGAUUUAAAUGGAGAUUUGGAAGACCUCAUGCGUAUUCACUCAUUUUUAGAGUUGUGGGGAUUGAUCAAUUAUCAGGUUGACCCACGUACACGGCCGUUCGAAACUUGUUUGGAAAAUGAGCAUGAUGCUGGUAUCAUGCCAUUUCAGUACCCGGAAGACGAUGAAAAAGACCACCCUACAAAGGCAGAAGAGCCCCCGUUGAAGAAGGUUUAUCGUCAGAUGCGCACGGAGAUAUUCGACCCAAAGCUUGCUGGCAUGGUCAAGCCACGUAUCACAACACUUGCCAGCGAUGAUGGUGGCGACCCAGAUGAUCCUGACUCUCGAGGAACAGCCAUAUGCGACUCUUGCAAGGCGGAUUGCACGGAUGUCCGAUACCAAAGUUUGAAGAUCAAGAACACGCAAGUGUGCCCAGACUGUUUCCUGGAAGGACGAUUUUCAUCGACCAUGUCGAGUGGUGAUUUUCUCCGUGUGGAAGGAAACAUGGAUCGUCCAGCACCGGAAGAGGAAUGGACGCCGCGUGAGCAGCUUUUACUACUGGAAGGCAUCGAAAAGUACAAUGAUGACUGGUUACUGGUAUCUGAACAUGUGGGUACGCGCAAGCAGGAGCAAUGCAUCAUGCAGUUUUUGCAGGCACCGAUUCAAGAUAACAUUGUCAAGUCACUGACCGAACUGACUGAAGAAGAGCAAACGAACAAGACGAUUCCGUUUGAAAAUGCCGAAAAUCCUGUCAUGACCUUGGUGGCAUUCUUAGCCGGGGCCGUCAACCCAGCAGUAGGAGCGGUAGCGGCGCAAUCCGCGUUAAAAGUGUUGUUAGAGUCUCCUACGGAAGAGCAGCAAAGAGACAGCGAUGAGGAAGAAGGCUCAAGUCAUUAUUCUCGAGACAUACUGGAAAAGGCUACUGCGACUGGCCUUGCCUCGGCGAUCGAGCAGGCUCACGCAUUGGCAAGACACGAAGAUGCCGAGAUUCAACGCAUGAUUCAAAUUGUGUUGACGACCCAACUUAAGAAACUGGAUCUCAAGCUACAGCAGUACGAAGAACUCGAACAAUCCCUGGUCAAUGAACAAAAGGAGUUGGAGAAACAAAGAGUCAUGCUUGUCACUUCUAUCAACGCUAUGAAAUCCCGAGUUCCUCCACCAGCGUCGUCUGCUACUCCCACUGCAUCAUCCACCCCCAACUAAUAUUAACCAGCUACCGCGGUCCAUAUUCUCUUCCCUCCGUGUAUACCACCCAAUUUGUCUUUCCGUUCAAUCAUUUUGCAAGUUUUUUUUAAAACAUAGAAACAAUGGAUUUUCCCAAUCCUUUAUAAUGAAAAGUUUGUAAAAAGGAA